GGGAGGGGAGGAGAUAGGGGCGAAAGCUCCCAUCGCAAUAUCCUGUAACUCAGGAAGGGGUAUUAAAUUCGCAGCUCCCCAUUCUGUGGGCAUCUCAAUCCUAAGCCGCCCGAUAAAGGACAAACAUCCUUCAGCGGUUCCAUGGACCUAGCCCACCGGCUCCCUUUGUUCGCACGGGAACACGACGCCUCUCCCCCGGUUCCGACAGGACAACUUCAGCCGCGAGCACGGGCUCAACCCAAACCAUCGCCGCCGCUUCGGCCGGGGCUGGCCGUGCCCGCUCCCAGCUCUGCGGGAGGCAGGGAGGAGCUGCCCAGGUGUGCUGAGGGGCCUGUACUCAGGAAGAGAAACAGGGAAUCCUCCACAGCAUUGGAAAAGUACCCCAACUCACCAAUGACUGCAAAACAAAUACUGGAAGUCAUUCAGAAAGAAGGGUUAAAAGAAACAAGAAAUGGAACCUCUCCAUUAGCUUGCCUGAAUGCAAUGCUUCAUACUAACACUCGUGUAGGUGAUGGAACAUUCUUCAAAAUCCCUGGGAAGUCAGGACUCUACGCUCUCAAAAAAGAAGAAUCAACAUGCCCUACUGAUGGAACAUUGGAUUUAGGAUGUGAAUCUGAGUUAGAUGGCACUGAAAUGGCUGAGACAAACAAUAAUAAUGGAGAAGAAAAUGGUGUUUGCCCAAAGCAGACAUCUGAAGAAAUGUCUUCCAAUCGUGAUUCGAGCCUUACAAAUGCACCAGUGCAAAGCAAGCUAGUAUCUUCCUUCCAGCAGCACACGAAGAAAGCACUUAAGCAGGCUUUAAGACAACAGCAGAAAAGAAGAAAUGGAGUCUCAAUGAUGGUAAACAAGACUGUUCCUCGUGUUGUUUUGACACCAUUAAAGGUGUCUGAUGAGCAGUCGGAUUCACCUUCAGGAUCUGAAUCUAAAAAUGGUGAAGCAGAUGGUUCUGAUAAAGAGAUGAAACAUGGGCAAAAGUCUCCAACUGGAAAACAAACAAGCCAGCACUUAAAGAGGUUAAAAAAGUCGGGUUUAGGACAUUUGAAAUGGACCAAAGCUGAGGAUAUUGACAUAGAAACACCAGGAUCUAUUCUAGUGAACACCAACCUGAGGGCUUUAAUAAACAAACACACCUUCGCUUCUUUACCUCAGCACUUUCAACAAUACCUCCUUCUUUUGCUUCCAGAAGUAGACAGGCAGAUGGGAAGUGAUGGAGUUUUGCGCCUCAGUAGUUCCGCUCUAAAUAAUGAAUUCUUCGCAUAUGCAGCACAAGGGUGGAAACAACGAUUGGCAGAAGGUGAAUUUACUCCAGAAAUGCAGUUGCGCAUCAGACAAGAGAUCGAAAAGGAAAAGAAAACAGAACCUUGGAAAGAAAAAUUCUUUGAAAGGUUUUAUGGUGAAAAAUUGGGAAUGUCAAGAGGGGAAUCUAUGAAACUGACGGCAGUGCAGAACAACGAUGAAGAUGAAAGCAAUUCUUUGUGUGGAUCUUCUGGCACACCUGGUCCUUCUAAGCAAGCAACCGCUGAAGACCAUGAGCAGAAAGGCACUAAAAUUUCACCAUUACCAGAGAAAGAGUAUUGUCCACCUCUUUGUAAUACGGAACAGGUUCCUGUCAAGGAUCUAAUGGCAGACUCAGAGGAUAUACUGAUACCUGAAGAAUCAAUCAUUCAGGAGGAGAUUGCAGAAGAGGUUGAGACAAGUAUUUGUGAAUGCCAGGAGGAGAACCAUAAAACAGAACAAGAGUUUUCUGAAGAGUCAGUAAGUCCAGCUGGCACAAAUGAAGAAACAGAGGCAGUGCAGCCUGCAGACAGCACUGAGUCCUGUGUCAUGAUGAAUGAUGUAACUGAUACUGUAUCUCACAUUGAAAUUAAAGUGGAGUUGAAGUCAGAAUGCCCUCAGGAGGACAUGUCAGUUGUGAUAGAUCAGCUGGAGGAUUGUGUAUCACCAGCACGAUCAGCUUCAUCCACAAACUCUGUCAGUGAUACAGCAGAGAAGGAUUCUGAGUCUGCAAAAGAGCUAAUUGCUCCAGAAAUGGAAAAUGCUGGUCUGGAAGGCUCCUUGUUCACUGGUGGGGGCAUUGCAGUGGAUAUGGAGCUUCAAAGUGACCCCGAGGAACAAUCAUCUGAGAAUGCUUGUAUUUCUGAGACUUCCUUUUCCUCUGGAAGUCCAGAAGGACCAUGUGUUUGUAUUGCGUCUCCUGGAGGAGACACUCAGUCAACUUCAGAGGAACCCUGUACUCCAGCAUCUCUUGAAACAGCUUGUUCAUCUGAAGUGUCCAGUACUGAAAACAUUGAAGGUGAUAUUCAGCAAAAGGCCACUGAUGAAAACUUGCAUACACCUUUAAUGUCAGAGAUCUCUCCAAUGUCCACCUCACCUGAAACCUCAGAAGCAUCUCUGAUGUCUAAUUUACCUUUAACGUCAGAGGCGUCACCAGCUUCAAAUUUACCUUUAACAUCAGAAACAUCUCCAAUGUCUGAUUUACCUUUAACAUCUGAAACAUCUUCAGUAUCUUCUGUUCUUCUGACUUCUGAAACAUCUGUUGCAAAUAGUUUGCCUCUUCCAUCAGAAGCAUCUCCAGUUUUUAAUUCCCCAACCAAUGAAAGACUUAUUUUGCAACAAAGAAAAUCACCAUGUCUGUUGGAAGACUCCCUUCCCCCUUUGAAAGAAGAAAGCUCUACCGUUCCUAAGGUGGUUCAAGAAGAGAAUUUUGUUGUUCAGCCAAAGCAACUUCAGAGUGCACCUGAAAGUUUGAAAGUUGGUCCACUAACAAUUGUACCUGAUACUUCAGUAUUAGAAGAGCCCCAAAGCAAAAACCUCAGUCAUCAGCCAUGUAAGUCACAUUCCGAAAUGGAGAAAUCCUACAUUGCUUCCAUCUCAGACCACUCCUCUCCAGAGGUGAUCACGAUUAAAAAUCACAGUAUUCAGCAACGAGGUGACAAGAAAGGUAUGCUCUUGCCAUCAGAGGUAGCUGUCUUACCAGAAGGAUCAGUGGGCAAAAGUAUCGAGCUGCUUCCAUCAAAGCCACACGAAAAAGUAUAUACCUCAUCUCUAGAGAAAUCUUCGUUCUCUGAAGUGUGCAGAAGUAAAUCUCACAAGCUAACAGGCAGCAGCCAAAGCCGACUAGAGAGUUCACAUUCUUCCAAGUCAUUAGAACCCACAAAAUCACCUGAAGUGAGGAAUGAAAGCAGAGACCCAGAGAUCCCAAAGAGGAAAACAGCAGAACAGCACGGUUUUGGAAUCUGCAAAGAGAAGAGAGCUAGAAUAGAUGAUGAUCAGCCUAAUCGUAAUGCUUCAUCAACAAGUCCUUCAGAGAAAGAUCAGCCACUCCGAGAAGAACCUCGAGUUCCACCCCUUAAGAUUCAGCUUUCAAAAAUUGGACCACCUUUUAUUAUCAAGAGCCAACCUGUUUCGAAACCAGAACCUCGAGUUUCCCCAAGUACAUCAGUCAGCAGUGGAAGAAACACUGGGGCUAGAACUCUUGCGGAUAUCAAAGCAAGAGCUCAGCAAGCAAGAGCCCAAAGAGAAGCUGCAGCUGCAGCAGCCGUGGCAGCAGCUGCAAGCAUAGUCUCUGGAGCAAUGGGGACCCCAUGCGAAGGUGGGAAGACAAGAACACUGGCACACAUCAAGGAGCAAACAAAGGCCAAGCUAUUUGCAAAGCAUCAAGCCAGAGCUCAUUUACUCCAGACUAAUAAAGAAUCGAAGUCACAGUUCAACUCAAAGGAAAGUACCUCAUCUCUAGAAAUACCAGCUUCUACUGAUACAAAGAUUGAAGGUUCUACCGGUGUCAUUAUAGUUAAUCCUAACUGCAGGUCCCCUAGCAACAAGUCUGCUCAUCACCGUGAGACUACCGCUUUAUUGCAGCAGUCACUUAACACAGCUACAUUACCAGAAACUGCUACUGAGAUACCCGUUCACAGUUCUGAUGAGAAUAUACCUAUGCCACAGUUGUGUGAGAAAAUUAUUUCAUCUACCUCUACUGAAAGUAACAGUGUGCCAGUGCUUUAUAAUAAAAAUUCAGUCUCUGUGUCUGUUUGCAGCACUGCUAUGUCUGGAGCAAUUAAAGAACUUUCUUUUGCAAGUUCUGUUGAUAAAUCCUCUGUUUUAAUGUCUGUUGACAGUGCAAACACAGCAGUUUCAGCUUGUAAUAUAAAUAUGCUGAAAUCCAUCCAGGGGGCUGAUACUCCAUGCAUAGCCGUUGGACCAAAAUGUAUUGAUAACAAUAACGUACCAGUUUCCAUAGACAGUACGGUCUUAUCAAAUUCCAUCGAUGACAAAAGGUUGCCAAUACCAAGUAGCAAUGCGAACAAUGCAGUCUCCAGCCAUUAUGCCACUGUGCCAGCUUCAUCUAUUGCAAAUAACUUGCCAAAUCAUCUCCCUGGUAGUUCUGUACUGAUUCCACCAGUGGGGACUACCAACAGAUUUUCUUCUGAUAAGAUAGCCAUAACUGGGUGUAACGAGCAAAGCACUGUCUCCAUCCACACUACCGCUAGGUCAGCUUUAAGUUGCAGUGAGGCUGUUGCAGUAGCAGAUUCUGUUGCGAGGCCACCCAUUUCAAUGUUUACUGGUAACAUGGUGACAAUAAGCUCCUAUGAUAAUGCUACUAAAUUAAACGCUGAUCUCUUAGACAAAAGCUCUGGAGCACGAAGCCGAAUGGAUCUCUCGGGUAAAUCUCAGCCGGUGAGCUAUACGCAAACUGCCAUGAAUAGGUCUAUACCUUGCAAAGUCAUUGUUGACCACACUACUAAUCUGAAUUCCAGUCUGUCACUUUCUUCUUCUAUUGAAAAUGCAGAGAACAGCACUGACCUGCAGAGCAGACCUGUACGGACAGAAGCUGCCUUACAAAGUAUAACCUGUCCUCAGGUGUCUGUAAUAAGCAGGCCUGAAGUAGUUUCUAAUGAAAGCCUUGAGCACAGUUCCAGCUUUAUCAACAUUACAAAGCAAGACAGCAAGAACUUGCAGGCAGGUUGUUCAAGUCUUCGAGAAGUGCCUCUUGCUCCCCAGGAUAAAUUAAUUGAGGUGGUUACUCCCAGCCAAGGUUUUGCUGAGCAGUUAAGAGGCCCUUCGGCAUUUAAAAAUGAAGCAGAUGCUGCCUGUGCCAGUCAGUAUAACACUAACAACAGAAUUUGUUGGCAUGAUGAAGAGGCAAUGAGCACAGACCAGCCAGUGGUCAGCCAUCUUAACGCCAGUAAGCAUAAGGAAUACACAGAGCAAAACUGCUUAAAAAGUGUCAAAACCGAACCUUCCAGUUACACACAGAUGUCAGAACUGCAGUCCAGGAGUCUUUUGACGAGCCUUGCUGUUCCUGUUAAAUCAGAAACCACCGAGUCUGACAAGUGCUUCAGGAUGGACACGGAGGACUUCACAGGCCCUGAAAUGGCGGCCCAGCCUGCAGAAAUAGCCCCGAGCGCACAGCCGAUGCAGACUGCCAAGGCGCCCAUGGCGGAUUCCAUGGAAGACUCUCUGUCUCUGACCACAGAGACCCUAAAAAGAGUCACGAGUGCUGGGGGCUCAAGCUGUCGCCUCUCAUCAGUGGAGGCCAACAAUCCUUUAGUGACACAAUUACUGCAAGGCAAUCUGCCUUUAGAGAAAGUGCUGCCACAGCCCAGAUCAGGAGCCAAACUAGAAAUUAACAGGCUUCCCUUGCCUUUGCAAACUACCUCAGUAUGUAAAACAGCAGUGUCCGAGAGAAAUAUUGUUGAGCAUCCUUCCAACUCUCCUAACCCAGAUGGUAAAGGAUUUACAGCAGGCAGCAUAGCCCCGCUACAAAUCAGAAAGCGUGAAAACCAUCCGAAAAAGAGGAUGGCCAGGACUGUAGGGGAACACGCUCAAAUUAAAUGUGAGCCUGGGAAGGUGUCAAUGGACACAGAUGUUAAAGUGGCUCCUUGUGUAAUUAGUUCCAGCAUGAACCAGCUAGGGCAUGGUCAGCCAUUUAAACAAGAGUGGCUGAACAAACACGCCAUUCAGAGCCGCAUCGCUCACAGCCCGGAGAUCAAGCAGCAGAAGAGGCCGUUGCCUUCAUGCAGUUUCCAGCAGAGCUUAUUUCACAUUGAUAAAAAUGGCAGCUUUCAUGCAGAAGCUAGUACCUCACACAGACAGCAUUUUUACCAAAUGUCCAUGGCUGCAAGAGGCCCGAUUCCUACGGCAGCUUUGUUGCAAACUACUUCAAAAGGCCCACCUGGCUGCAAUGCAUUUGCUUUUAGCAGACACCUGGAACAGAAGGGCUUGGGAGAUGUGAAUAUUUCUACAGCAGCUCACCAGCUGAGGCUAGGAAGUGUGUUUUCCCCCAGUAUUCAAAUUAAGGAAGGUGAUGACAUUGCCAGUGCCUCUCAGACUCUCCAGAGUAAAACGUUAGUGCACCCUCCCCCUCCGCCCCCACCCUUGCCCCCUCCUCCCGCUCCUCACCCAAAUGCAGAUGUCCCCUCUGAUCAAAAACAACCGACAGUUACUAUGGAAACCACUAAAAGACUUAGUUGGCCUCAGCCAGCAAGCAUCUGUAGCAAUAUAAAAUCCGAACCCAUUUCUUUUGAGGAAGGUUUAAGCAGCAGCUGCGAACUGGGCAUGAAGCAAGCUUCCUAUGACCAGAAUGAAGUGAAAGAACAGUUAAAAGCAUUUGCAUUGAAAAAUGCAGAUUUCUCUUCCUAUUUACUCUCUGAGCCACAGAAGCCUUUUACCCAACUUGCUGCUCAGAAAAUACAGACGCAGCACCCACAGCAGCAGCAGCAGCAGCCGCAGCAGCAGCAGCAGCUCUGUGGAAGUUACCCAACAAUACACUUCGGUAGCACAAGCUUCAAAAGGGCAGCAUCUGCAAUUGAGAAAUCAAUUGGGAUUUUAGGAAGUGGCUCGAACGCUGCCGCGGGCCUGUCUAACCAGAGCGCGCAGAUGCCGGUUCAGAAAUUUGCUGACAGUAGCAAUGCCGAUGAACUGGAACUGAAAUGCUCCUGCCGGCUGAAAGCCAUGAUCGUGUGCAAAGGCUGCGGAGCCUUCUGUCAUGAUGACUGCAUAGGGCCUUCCAAACUGUGUGUAGCUUGCUUGGUUGUACGGUAG